AUGAGGGCGCGGAAUGUCGCUGCCACCGGAGACAGAGCGAACGGAAACAUGCCUCCAAAAAGGCGCAGGGGUGAUGGGAUGCCACGGGCAUGGAAUGUAGUUUCCCGUGCUGGUUUCUGGCCGCUCAUGGAGCGCAGCGUCCAGAGUCACGUGAGCGGCCACCUCCGGCGAUCACUAUAUAAAGACGUGUGCGCCCGGAGCUUCUUCAUCCUCAUCCUCUUGAAACAUCUCUCUCUCUCUCUCUCUCUCUCUCUCUCUCUCUCUCUCUCUCUCUCUUUCUCUCUUUCUCUCUCUCUCUCUCUCUCUCUCCAUUUCAAGCGAGCCUUCAUAUAUAGAAUUAGUACGUGGAGGAUUAACUGCAGAGACAAUCAGAGAGAGAGAGAGAGGAGCAUAAUGUCGAGGGAGCGCAAGAAGGCAGCUGCUCUACAGGAGAAGAUGCAGAUUCUGCGGUCCAUCACUCACUCCCACGCGCUGAGCAAUCCAUCCAUAGUCAUGGACGCGUCGGAGUACAUCAAGGGGCUGAAGCAGAAGAUCGCGAGGCUCAAUCAGGAGAUCGCACGCGAGGAAGGCACGCACUCGCACAAGCAGAACUCUUUCCCCACGGUGAGCGUGGAAGCCCUAGGGCAUGGGUUCCUCGUGAACGUGUCUUCCGACAAGAGCUGCCCCGGGUUGCUCGUCGCCGUGCUAGAGGCAUUCGAGGAGCUGGGCCUCACCGUGCUCCAGGCCACGGCGUCUUGCGCCGAUACGUUCCGCCUAGAGGCCGUGGGGGGAGGAGAGAACCAGGCGGGGAGUGUGGAUGAGGAUGUCAUCAGGCGGGCGGUGCAGCAGGCCAUCACCAACUGCGGCGCGGAGCAAGGGGAUCAGUAGCUAGCUGCUUACGUGCCCCCCGCAUUUUCUUCUCGAUCGACCCGCCCUUUGCAUAGUUUCAUGGCUCUUCUCUCGAUCUACCGGAUGAGCUCCGAUGAUAUAUACAUCCAGCUCAAUCUCUAGCAAUUCAACUUGUACUAUCUGUUGAUGAGUGAUGAUGAUGAUGGUAAUUCUAUGGAAUUUGUAGGUAGUCUGGAGGUCGAAAGUUAUUGUCUGUUACACCGUUUGUGUAGAAUUUGCAUGUGAGAUGGCAGGACCAUCCUCCCUGCUGCACCCCUUUAGGUUUUAGACCAACAUAUCCUCUGCAUUUUCAGCUGUUCAUACUACUCUGUAAUAUGAUGCUAUCUCCGUUUUGGUAGUUUAAAUUGAACUGCAAAAGCGUCUUACAAUA